UCCCCGGCUCCGGGCGCGGCUGUCCGGCCGCCACCCCUCCUGCUCGGCCGCCGCCGCCGCCGCCAUGGCCAAUGACAGCGGCGGGCCCGGCGGGCCCAGCCCGAGCGAGCGAGACCGGCAGUACUGCGAGCUGUGCGGGAAGAUGGAGAACCUGCUGCGCUGCAGCCGCUGCCGCAGCUCCUUCUACUGCUGCAAGGAGCACCAGCGGCAGGACUGGAAGAAGCACAAGCUCGUGUGCCAGGGCGGCGAGGGCGCCCACGGAGCCGGCCCGCACCAGCACCCCGGCCCCGCGCCGCCGGCCGCCGCGCCGCCGCCCAGGGCCGGGGCCCGCGAGGCCAGGAAGGCAGCGGCGCCCCGGGACGCGGCCAAGGCAAAGGCCAAGCCCGCGGCCGAGCCCGCGGCGGCCGCGUCCCCGCCUCGCGCGGCCGGCGGCGGCCGGGGCCCGACGGUGGCGGCCGAGGCGGAGCCCGGGAAGGAGGAGCCGCCGGGCCGCGCGUCGCUGUUUCAGGAGAAGGCGAACCUGUACCCCCCGAGCAACACGCCCGGCGAGGGGCUGAGCCACGGCGGCGGCCUGCGGCCCAACGGGCAGACGAAGCCGCUGCCGGCGCUGAAGCUGGCGCUCGAGUACAUCGUGCCGUGCAUGAACAAGCACGGCAUCUGCGUGGUGGACGACUUCCUGGGCAAGGAGACCGGGCAGCAGAUCGGCGACGAGGUGCGCGCGCUGCACGACACGGGCAAGUUCACGGACGGGCAGCUGGUCAGCCAGAAGAGCGACUCGUCCAAGGACAUCCGAGGCGAUAAGAUCACCUGGAUCGAGGGCAAGGAGCCCGGCUGCGAAACCAUUGGGCUGCUCAUGAGCAGCAUGGACGACCUGAUCCGCCACUGUAACGGGAAGCUGGGCAACUACAAAAUCAAUGGCCGGACGAAAGCUAUGGUUGCUUGUUAUCCAGGCAAUGGAACGGGUUAUGUACGUCAUGUUGAUAAUCCAAAUGGAGAUGGAAGAUGUGUGACAUGUAUAUAUUAUCUUAAUAAAGACUGGGAUGCCAAGGUAAGUGGAGGUAUACUUCGAAUUUUUCCAGAAGGCAAAGCCCAGUUUGCUGACAUUGAACCCAAAUUUGAUAGACUGCUGUUUUUCUGGUCUGACCGUCGCAACCCUCAUGAAGUACAACCAGCAUAUGCUACAAGGUACGCAAUAACUGUUUGGUAUUUUGAUGCAGAUGAGAGAGCACGAGCUAAAGUAAAAUAUCUAACAGGUGAAAAGGGUGUGAGGGUUGAACUCAAUAAACCUUCCGAUUCAAUCAGUAAAGACGUCUUAUAGAGCCUUUGAUCCAGCAAUACCCCACUUCAUCUUCAAUGAUUGUUGAUGCUGUUUGUUAACUUGUGAAUACAAUAAAUGGGAUAAAGAAAAAUAGACCACCAGUUGACAUUUUAAUAAGGAAACAAACAACUUUUUUGUGUUGCAUCAAACAGAAGAUUUUGACUGCUGUGACAUUUAUACUGCAUGAUCGACUCCAAAUCUGUGACCGCUCACGGGAAGAAGAUAAGCUACCAAAUGAAAAUGGUUUUCCCAUCUGGACAGGAAAUAAGUGCCCUAUGUAGGAUUUUUUUCAUUCUUAUAUUUUCCCAGAUCUGUCAUCUAGCUGAAUUCAUUUCACCUCUCCCUUUUUUUAUAUCAAGUUUGAAUUUGGGAUAAUUUUUCUAUGAUUAGGUACAAUUUAUCAAAACUGAAUUGAGAAAAAAAUUACAGUAUUAUUUCUCAAAAUAACAUCAAUCUAUUUUUGUAAACCUCUUCAUACUAUUAAAUUUUGCCCUAAAAGACCUCUCAAUGAUGAUUGUUGCCAGUGACCGAUGAUUAAUUUUCUUUUUACUUAAAAUAAGAAAAGGAGCACUUUAAUUACAACUGAAAAAUGAGAUUGUUUUGUAGUCAUAUCUUACACUAAUUUGAACUCUUAAAGAUUGCUGCUGUCUUUUUUUCACAUUGUUAAUAAUGAAACCUAACAGUAAAAUAGUCACCAUUUUACUACCAAUAACUUUUAGUUCAUGUUUUACAGGAAAAAAUACACAGUAAGAAGGGUUUCUCUUUUAAGUUAAAUUUUUUAAAAAACUAAAAUGACUGGCACUAAAUAAAUGAACUUGAGCUUGUCUUUAACUUCAAGUUCCUAAGAUAAAGGGCUUUUUCUUAAGCUUUCAGGUUUAUCCUGCAGAUGUAGACAAUAAUGUCCCUUUUCUAACCUUUGCUUCUCCUCCGAUUGAUUGUACUUCCAGAUCUGCUGUUGUGUUUUCUUCCUAAUACUAUGAUUCAUCUGAUCUGCAGAUCAGAACCUUGUUUCUGUUGACGAGUAUCAAGGGGAGAUCACAUGUGCAUUGAGCCGGCGUGUGUUGUUGGAGAUGUGGUGUUGAGUGACUCAGACAGCUGCUGAGGCAUUCCCCAGAUGUGAUGCCAGCCUUCUUACCAGUGCUGAAAGAUGUGUAGCAUAGAGAAACAAAAAAAGCCCAAACCAGAUAAUUUUAUUUUUAUGUUUUAUGGGUUUUUUUUUUUUUUUUUACUUUUUAGACCAAGAGGAAUAUUACAAAAUCACACAAGGCUUCCCAGACUUCUGUUAUGUAAAGAAUGAAUUGGGAUGCAUGUCUUAGACUUCAGUUUCCUAGGUUCUCUGUAGCAAAGCCCAAAGGGUGGUCUCCAUAUUUUGCAUGAAUUAUGGGUGUAAGUCCUUGCCCACUUAGGUUUUCUAUCUCUGUCCUUGGUCUUCUUUGCCAAAAUGUGAGUAUACAGAAAUUUUCUGUAUAUUUCAACUUUAAGACAUUUUUAGCAUCUGUAUAGUUUGUAUUCAAUUAGAGACCUUUUCUAUGGAAAGCUCAGUAAUUUUUAUUAAAAGAUUGCUAUUGUUCAUGUAAAACAUGAAAAAAAUUGCUUAGUGAAAAACUGACGGUGUGAACUUAGGGUGGGAUUAAAUAUUCAGUACUGUGAUCUCACUUAGGAGAACUUGCAGGAGAACGUGACAGUUUACUGUUGUUUUUCCUCGCCCAUGUUCAAUUUUAUUCCACUUCCUCUCCUUCGCUGCAGAUGACAACAAAACAUCUCUACAGUAAGUGCCUCUGUCAGCCCAGCCCGGGAAUGCGAGUUGUCUUUGCCAUCUGGUGUAUAAGUGCAGUGUUAGGCCACAACUCAAAAGCACUGUCAUUUUUAGGGUUAGUAGAAAUUGUUUCAUGUUGGUGGGAGGUUUGUUUGAUCGUCAAGAUGUACAGCAGCAGCCUUUUAAUUUGGGAGCCCCUGUUGUCAUUCCAGUGUGUACCUCUACAGGUGUACCAAGUAUCAGAUUCUAUUAUCUGUGGGUCGUGCUUGCCAGACAGGUCUUAACUUGUAUAUUUUUUGGAAAAGUUUAUAUACUUCCUUGGAAAUCGUUGUGAAAAGAUCAAGAAAUCAGGAUAGCCAUUUCUUUAAUAUCCAUUUAAAAUCUAUUCAUUUCCUGUUAGUGGGAACGUUAACUCGUCACCAAGCAGGACUCUAAAACAAAAUUUAAAACUAUUUGUGGCCUAUAUGUGUUUAAUCCUGGUUAAAGAUAAAGCUUCAUAAUGCUGUUUUUAUUCAACACAUUAACCAGCUGUAAAACACAGACCUUUAUCAAUAGCAGGCAGAGAAUUUCAGGAUUCGUAUCCAGAUAGACCAUAAAGUCAUGUCAUUUGAAAAGCGGUGUUUUGUUAUGAAAAGAGCUCUCAAGUUGCUUGUAAAGCUAAUCUAAUUAAAAAGAUGUAUAAAUGUUCUUGAAAAAA